AUGGCGACAACAGCUCAGUACAUACCGCGGAAUAACUCCUUGCCGUCCAACCCGCUCAUGCACCCGGACUCGGACCGCAUGCACCAGGGGACCACCUACCGGGAGGUGCAGAAAAUGAUGCACCACGAGUACCUGCAGGGGCUGGCGGCCACCAACACGGGACACCCGAUGAGCCUGACGCACCACCAGUGGUUGCCCACGUCCAACACCGACUGGUCCAGCGGCACGCACCUCGGCCAGCAGGAGCACAAAGGCGGCCGCGAGGACCUGGCGGCGGCGGGCUUCCACCACAGAUCGCACCUGGUGCACCAGCAGACGCAGGGCGCCCACCACGGCGCCUGGGCUCCGGCCAGCGCGCACCACCUGUCCCCGCUCUCGCCCGCGUCCGGCGGCGGCGGUGCAGGCGGCGGCGGCGGAGGAGGAGGCGGCCAGCUGCUCUACUCGCAGCCCGGAUACACGAACCUGAACGCCAUGCUGGGCAGCCCGCAACCGGGCGCGCUGCACCACGGCAUGCGCGAGCCGCUCCACGAAGACGCGGCCGUGCACGACGGCCAGAUGGAGUCCCCGCAGCAGGCGUUCACUCACCAUCAGGACCACUCGGACGAGGACGCGCCCAGCUCCGACGACCUGGAGCAGUUCGCCAAGCAGUUCAAGCAGCGGCGGAUCAAGCUGGGCUUCACCCAGGCGGACGUGGGCCUGGCCCUGGGGACCCUGUACGGCAACGUCUUCUCGCAGACCACCAUCUGCCGCUUCGAGGCGCUGCAGCUCAGCUUCAAGAACAUGUGCAAACUCAAGCCGCUCCUGAACAAGUGGCUGGAGGAAACCGACUCCAACACGGGCAGCCCCACCAACCUGGACAAGAUCGCCGCGCAGGGCCGCAAGCGCAAGAAGAGGACCUCCAUCGAGGUGGGCGUCAAAGGGGCGCUGGAGAACCACUUCCUCAAGUGCCCCAAGCCGUCGGCGCACGAGAUCAGCACUUUAGCCGGCACGCUGCAGCUGGAGAAGGAGGUGGUGCGCGUUUGGUUUUGCAACCGGAGACAGAAGGAGAAGCGCAUGACGCCCGUGGGGGUCCCGCACCCCAACAUGGAGGACGUAUAUUCCCAAGCGGAGACCCCACCGCUGCACCGCUCGCUACACAGCCCCGUGCAGUGA